AUGACGGUACAAGACCCGAUAGCAGACCUCCUAACACCGAAACAACACAUCCGAGUUGGAUAUUGGAAUGUCCGGACAUUAUACGAAGUCGGAAGACUUGCCCAAGCAGUAAAUGAAAUGAAACAGUAUAACCUAUCUUUGAUGGCCAUGGGUGAAGUCAGAUGGACAGGAACAGGGAAACAGAGAUUGAACUCAGGGGAAGUCAUUAUAUGGUCUGGACGAAGUGAUAAUAACCAUCAUGAAGGAGUAGCUCUCCUUGUCAGCCAAAAGUUUGCCAAUACUGUCAUUCAAUGGAAGCCUAGCAAUGAACGUCUACUAUAUGUCAGACUCAACUCCAGAUACACAAAGGUCUCCAUAGUGAGUGCUUAUGCACCAACUGACAAUGCAGAAGAAGAAGCUAAAGACAAUUUUUACAGCUCUCUACAAGCAGUACUCGAUGACAUUCCAAGAAAUGAUGUCACACUUCUAAUGGGGGAUUUCAAUGCAAGAGUUGGACACGUUAACCACAACAGGAGAAGAGUGAUGGGUCAACAUGCAGUGGGCGACAUUACAGACAACGGCGAAAGGCUCAUCAGCAUAUGUGAGGAAAAUGACUUUGUCAUAGGUGGUAGUCUCUUCGCCCAUAAAACCAUUCACAAGAUGACCUGGACAUCACCAGAUAGACACACCAAAAGUCAGAUUGAUCACAUUGUGAUUAACAGUAAAUGGAGGCACUCUCUGCAGGACGUGCGAGCUGUGCGCCAUGCCGACAUCGGUAGUGACCACAAUCUUGUUAUAGCCAAGAUUUGUCUUAAGCUGAGAAAAGCCAAAAUCGGUUCCAGCAAAAGCAAGCGAUUCGAUGUCAGCAAGCUCAAGGACCCAGGUGUUGGAGAAGAGUUUAACAUCACGCUCAGGAAUCGUUACAGUAAACUGCAGGACGAGACAGCUAUCACUAUCGACCAAUUCCCCCAAGCCAUAAAUGAUGCCGCUGUAGAAGUCAUAGGCUACAAGAGAGGUGCCAAAUCAGAAUGGCUAUCCAAAGAUACGUGGACUAUCAUUGAAGAGAGAAAACAACUAAUGAAGAACCUCUUAGAUGCAAAGUCACCCAGAUUGAAAGAAAGGGCAGCGGCCUUGUAUAAAAAGAAAGAUAAGGAAGUGAAGACGUCAGCAAGGAGAGAUAGGCGCCACUACACAGAACAACUGGCUAAGGAAGCACAGGAGGCCGCUGAGAGAAAAGACAUGAAAACCGUCUACAAGAUCACAAAGAAACUAAGAGGUGAUCACGGCCCCAACCAAGACCUUCCUGUACAAGCAGAGGAUGGUUCAGCAUUAACAGAGGAAUAG